AAUAGAAAGGCGAUAAUAAUUUUUUCCCAUACAUUUUUUCGAGCCGUUCGCGUAUUUUUGUUUUUGUGAGUGAAUAUACUCUCUUUUAGCAGCUGAUGUUGAUUUAAAGGGCGUUUUUUUAGUGAGAGAGAGAGAGAGAGAGAGAGAGAGAGAGAGAGCGAGAGGGAAGGGAGAGAGAGCGAGGGGGCGGGUGUCUCUCGCUCUCGCCUCGCGCAGCCUCACGCGCUCACAGAUUCGCGUGAAAUCAACACACGGACGGUUUACUUCCACAUUUAUCGCUUAUUUUCGGGAUUUUCGGGAUAUACAACACCAUCAUCGAUGCGAGGCCUUCUAAGGGACACUCAUCGCUGAUAUUAGUCCCGCAUUUCUUCUGUUUUUGUCGUUUUCCCCCCUCAGUGGAGCGUUCGUUAUGAAUUCCAGCCCGCUUCCUAACGGCAGGCUCCUGCCGGACAGCCAGAGCUGGAACUCCUCCGGUUCCGACGAGGAUCUGGAAGCCGAACCGGGUCCCGGACCGCACGGAGGGGUGUUGGAGUUCAGCGGGGUGCUCAGUAAGUGGACUAACUACAUUCACGGAUGGCAGGACCGCUGGGUCAUGCUGAAGAACAACACUUUGAGUUACUACAAAUCCCAAGACGAGCGAGAGUAUGGCUGUCGUGGUUCCCUGUGUCUCAGCAAGGCUGUCAUCACACCUCACGAGUUUGACGAGUGCCGUUUGGACAUCAGUGUCAAUGAUAGCGUGUGGUAUCUCCGGGCUCAGGACCCAGAACAUCGCAACCAGUGGAUCGAUUCCAUCGAGCUUCACAGGGCUGAAUCUGGUUAUGGUUCCGAGUCCAGUUUGAGGAGACAUGGAUCAAUGCUUUCCCUCACGUCUGCCACCAGCGGAUACUCGGCCACCUCCACCUCCUCCUUUAAGAAGGGUCACAGUCUGCGGGAGAAGCUGUCUGAGAUGGAGACGUUUCGGGACAUCUUGUGCAGGCAGGUGGACACGCUCCAGAAGUACUUCGACGGCUGUGCUGAUGCUGUUCACAGAGACGAGCUCCAGAGGGACAAGAUCGUGGAGGAUGAUGAAGAUGAUUUUCCUACCACUCGCUCGGAUGGAGAAUUCCUGCAUAACAAUAAUGGCAGCAAGGAGAAACUAUUCCAGUGUUUGAGUCAUAAAGGCAUUAAUGGGAUAGAUUUUAAAGGAGAGGCCAUCACGUUCAAGGCGACCACGGCGGGGAUCUUGGCCACACUUUCUCACUGCAUCGACCUGAUGGUGAAGAGAGAGGACAGCUGGCAGAAGAGACUGGAUAAGGAGAUGGAGAAGAGGAGGAGGGUGGAAGAAGCGUAUAAAUCCGCUCUGUGUGAGCUGAAGAAGAAGUCUCAUUUCGGAGGGCCCGAUUACGAGGAGGGUCCGAACAGCCUGAUCAAUGAAGACGAGUUCUUUGAUGCCGUGGAGGCCGCUCUGGACCGACAAGACAAAAUAGAAGAGCAGUCUCAGUGUGAGAAGAGCAGGAUACUGAGGAGUAAUUCAGUGCCUUCAGGAGACGCCUACUCCACCGUGGGCUCGCACCGAUUCGCUGAGAAGCCCCUCUCUCGCCCUUCCUCUCCCUCAUCUUCUGCUGUAGUCUUCACUCCUUCACUCUAUGAGCACCGAUUCAGUGCUGAGGUGGAGGAGAUGGUGAAGAAUCACAUGACCUACUCUCUGCAGGACGUGGGUGGAGACGCUAACUGGCAGCUCGUGGUGGAGGAGGGAGAGAUGAAGGUGUACCGGAGGGAGGUGGAGGAGAACGGGAUCGUGCUGGACCCGCUGAAGGCCACACACUCUGUCAAAGGGGUCACAGGUCAUGAGGUCUGCCACUACUUCUGGGACACGGAUGUCCGUAACGAUUGGGAGACUACUGUUGAAAACUUCAGCGUAGUGGAAACGUUGUCGGAUAACGCCGUCAUCAUCUACCAGACUCAUAAGAGAGUGUGGCCAGCGUCCCAGAGAGACGUCCUGUAUCUGUCUGCCAUCCGCAAGAUCGUGGCCAAUAACGAGAACGAUCCAGACACGUGGCUCGUCUGCAACUUCUCAGUCGACCACGAGAAAGCCCAGCCAAACAACAGAUGUGUGCGUGCUAAAAUCAACAUUGGGAUGAUCUGCCAGACGCUGGUCAGUCCACCAGAGGGCAACAAAGAGAUCAGCAGAGACAACAUCCUGUGCAAAAUCACAUAUGUGGCCAACGUGAAUCCUGGCGGCUGGGCUCCUGCGUCUGUCCUGAGGGCCGUGGCCAAGAGAGAAUAUCCCAAAUUCCUCAAGCGCUUCACUUCCUACGUCCAGGAGAAAACUGCCGGAAAGCCCAUCCUCUUCUGAGCACCAGUUCUGCUGUCAGUGUGUCUGAGCGCGUCCAGUUCCCACACACUCCUGCAGUCGUGUCUUCAUCAGCGGCCCACCGGCAGACACGUGAAGCCCUUCUGUAGCGCCACACUAGUUCACACAGGCCCGUGUGUCUGCCAGAGGGCUAUAUUGAGACAAGUAUAUAUGUAUGUAUGUAAGUAAGUGAGAUGGGAAGUUUAUAUAUAUAUAUAUCGGAGAGUUUUGAAGCUGAACACACGA